AUGGGGGACUGGAACUUGCUGGGCAGCAUCCUAGAAGAAGUACACAUCCAUUCCACCAUAGUGGGCAAAAUUUGGCUCACUAUCCUUUUCAUAUUCCGUAUGUUGGUCCUAGGUGUAGCAGCUGAAGAUGUCUGGGAUGAUGAACAAGCAGAGUUUAUUUGCAACACAGAGCAACCUGGCUGCAGCAAUAUCUGUUACGACAAAGCUUUCCCCAUCUCUCUUAUCCGAUUUUGGGUGCUACAGGUCAUCUUUGUCUCAUCUCCUUCUCUAGUUUACAUGGGUCAUGCACUUUACAGACUUCGGGCUCUGGAGAAAGAGCGGCAACGGAAGAAAGUCCACCUCAGAGCCCAGUUAGAGGAACUGGAGCCUAUUUUAGAAGAACACAGGAGGAUAGAGAAAGAGCUGAGGAAGUUAGAAGAGCAAAAGAAAGUGAACAAGGCACCCUUGCAAGGGUCUUUGCUGCGGACUUAUAUCCUGCAUAUUCUGACCCGUUCAGUAUUAGAAGUAGGCUUUAUGAUAGGUCAGUAUCUUUUAUAUGGGUUUCAAAUGUAUCCGCUUUAUAAAUGCACUCGCCCACCCUGCCCUAACACUGUGGAUUGUUUUGUAUCCAGACCAACAGAGAAGACCAUCUUCAUGGUUUUCAUGAACAGUAUUGCAGCAGUUUCUUUGUUCCUGAAUGUCCUGGAGAUUGUCCAUUUGGGGAUUAAGAAGAUUAAAAAUGCGCUUUGUGGGAAACCCAAGAAGGAGCUUGUAGCUGCUGACGAAGAUGCCAACCUUUCCAAUUCCAAGAAAAAUUCAGUGUUGCAGCAAGUUUGCAUUAUGGCUAAUUCAUCCCCCCAAGGCAGUUUUAAAUUUAUGCCUGAGAAGCAGGCUGGUCUGCCACUGUACAUGCCUGUGGAAGAAGGAUACACAAUUACUGAACAGAACCAGAACCCAGUAAAUGUGGACAUGGAGGAACAAUGGUGCAGCAACCAGAGAAGCAGGUCAAAUCAGAACCAAGGCCAACUCCAUCAUCUCUACAGGCAUCUGGAACACCCGUAUGAGAGUGAUCAGCACUACCGACAGUCCCACAGGCAUGUCCCAAACAUUGUGGGCCAGCAGCAUGAUGAUUAUCAACAUCAGAAUGCAUCUUCCAGCAGUGAGGACACCCAGAAGCCAUCACUGCAGGGCACAAACAGCUAUCGAAAGAAUGAACAGUAUGUUCUGGAACAGUCCAAGAACCUGCCACAGUCUGCCAAGGUUUCCAUUAGCUCCAGUCGUACGGAGAGCCCUCAAGCAGUUCUCCGGAAAUCCAGUCGCGUGGUCAGCUGUAAGGACUUGGCAGAGGAUCAUUGUGACUCUCCAGACAGUGGGCAUUAUCAGAAUAACCGCAAAUCCAGCUUUCUAUCCAGGGUGCUGUCAGAGAGCCAGCUGGACACCGAUUCAGAGACUUCGGACUCAAAGAAUGGCUCUGGCUCAGAAGCAAAACAAGGAGAUGGCAGCAGUUCCUCCGUCACCCCACCACCUCCUUCAGUAAUGGGACGCAGAAUGUCAAUGGCAAGUAGACCAAAGCGGAAUUCCUUCUAUAUCCUGCUAGUGUGA